AUGAAUUCGGGUAUUCCACAUCAACUUGGUGCAAAUUCAGCAAGGAGAGGAGGCGCAAACGACAUUCUCCCAGCUUCUGCAACUCGUCCUACAACGGGUACUAAUAAGGGACAGUCUCCAACCCACUAUGCAACUACAUCAUUCUCUACUAAAGGCACUGGGUUAGCGGUAGGUGGAAUAUAUAAAGGGGUAUCAAAUCAAAAUAUCCCAGUGAACUCUAAUAACCGUGUAAUGAAAAGUAAUGUGAAUUCAAAUGCCACAUUUAUAAAUUCAGGUAAUAAUUCUGGUAGUUAUCAGAAUAUUUCUGUAAAUUCUCUAACAGCAUCCUCAAGAACAAGGAAUUAUAGUGAUAAUAAAAGAGAAGGACUAAAAACAAUAUUAACAUUUUUGAGUAAAAGAGGUUAUCAUGGGCAAAUUAAUCCAAAAUCUUUGAGUAGUCCAACAAGAACACUUUAUUUAGAAGUUUUGCAGUUUAUUAUUAAUCAAUAUGAUCCAAAGAUCAAACUGAGUAGACCAGAUGAAGAUAUACCAAGAUUUUUUAAGGAUGUUGGAUAUCCAUUUACAAUAAAUAAAACUACAAUAAUAGCACCUGGUGCACCUAAUACAUGGCCUCAACAUAUUGCAGCAAUGUCUUGGCUAUGUGAGCUACUAGAUUAUGAACAAGCUAUAUUUCCAUAUUUAAAUUUUAGUAAAGAAGGUGAACUAAAUUUUGUUCCGGACUUAACAGCUACGAGCACAUUGGCAAAUGCCUUUACUGGAACUACUGGUAGCAUGAAUGCAGAUCAUAUGUCAAUUGAUUCGGCAAAGCUAUUAUCUCAGACUUUAAAUAAAAGGCUUAGUGAAAGUUAUAAACUAUUUUUAGGUGGUCAAAGUGAUGGUGGAUUAUUAGCUGAAACAUUAGAAGCCUAUUGUCGUGAAAGAAAAGGUCAAGCCCAACAAGCAUUUGAUAGGAAAAAACAAGAUUUGGAGCAGAUGCAAAUGGAAAUGCAAAAAAUUCAGCAUGAAUUACAAGAAGGUGAUCUGUUAUUGCAAAAAAAUCAUACUUUAUCGCAAGAUAUACUAAAAAUGGAAUAUGCAGUGGGGCAGUGUUUAACAGCAAUUAGACAGGCAGAUAAUUCCUAUAGUGACAAAGAGAACAUUAUGCAAAUAAAACGAAAGGAGUUACGUGUUAUUGAAGAUGAAGUAGAAAAGUUACAAAAAAGAAUUGCUACACAAAGUAUUCAGAGGGAUGAUGUAUCGAGAGUAUACCAAGACAUGAAAGUAAAACGUCAAACAAUCCGUAAUCUAAGAAGUGAUCGUGAAAAAGCAGAAAAGGAAAAUUGGGCUUUAGAACUUCAAAUAGAGGAAUUAUCAACAAAGCUUUAUCAGUUAAGUAGAUUGUGGAAUAACAAAUAUCAAGAAAUUAUAAAUAUUACAUCAAAUGAAAUAAGAAAUUAUGAAAUUGGAUCUUUUAAUUCCUUGCAAAAUUUAUCUAUGUCAAUAUUAAGCUCUGAUGAGUUGAAUAAGGAGACAAGAAUAGAUGAUAUUAUUGGCCAAAGCUGGAGAAAUAUGAAACAUAGCUGUAAAAAGUGCAUAGUAGAGGUAGAAAUGUGGAGAAGGAAGCUGAAAACACAGGAAAUACAAUUUAAUGAGAUAAUAAAGAGUACAAAAGAUACAAUUAUACAAAAGAAACAAGCAUGUGAUGCACUUGAAAAAAAGAUAAGAAAUUUAGAUGGAGAUAUGACAGUUUGUGACAAACGUGAAAUGAGACAAUUAGAGCAAAUACAAGAAAAAGUCAAAAAGUACAAAACUGAAUUUGAGCAGAAAAAAGAUGAAGCCUUAAAGAGACUAGAGACUGCUAGAAGUAGAGUAGCAAAAUUGGAACAACAACUUAUUGUUACUGAGAAUCAUGCAAAAAAUGAGCUGCAACAAUGCAAACAAGUUAUAAAUUCUGAUGUUAGUCUACUACAUAAACUUAAGAGCAAUAUAUCACUAUAUAUGUCUCAACUUCUUAAUAAUGUAGUUGAGAUUAGCUAUAUGGAAGUAGAAAAGAAUGAAUUAAAGCUAACUGAAUUAAAGUAA